AUGCCUAAAGUUCUGAGCUACACGCCAGAUUGGCUUAGUCGCCCAAACCCAGGUUACCAAUUGUUUGCGCCAAAACAGACAAAUGGAAAUGGAGUCGCAGCAAAGAAGAGGGAUUUUGGACCACGAAAGACACUUGCGACAAGGGGCUCCGAGGUCUUUGUGGCGGUUGGGAACGAGAUACGCUGGGCAGAUCUCGUAAACCUGAAAGAAGGCACCGAGCCCGCAUACCGCACGCUCAAAGUCUCGAUACCUCUCACCAUUACGCGUCUUGCCAUUUCUCCUGACGAAGACUACCUCGCGGUAUCAACCUCGCAUACGGUACACGUCGUCCACCUCCCCGACUCUGCGCUCCUUGAAUCUGGUGACCAUGGCCCUCUCAAACCGAAGACCUUUCAAGUAGGCCCGACCGUACACGUCUUGGAAGAGUCGCCCAUUGCGACUGCGCUAUGGCAUCCCUUGGGCUACCACGGUCGUUGUCUGGUCACAAUCACAAAAGCAGGAGUGGUGCGUCUGUGGGAGGUCAACCGAGCGGACAGGUCCACGUUCAGUGAGCCUUCACUAUCAAUCGACCUUCCGAAGCUGGCGAAUGCGACAAGCGACCAGGACGAUCUAAGCGCAUCCAAAUUCGGAGCCUCAAAGGGCUUUUCUCCGGACUCAGUUGAACUGGAAGUUGCAUCUGCUUGCUUUGGAGACUUUCCGGAACAGGAGGGUGUUCAUGGCUGGGCGCCCAUGACCCUGUGGAUUGCUACGGUAUCCGGAGAUGUAUAUGCUUUGUGUCCACUACUUCCCAGUAAGUGGCAGUUGGUCGAGUCACCUGGAGCAUUCACCUUCCUCCAGACGUUGACCUCGUCCAUCAACAUCAACUACAGCGAGCUGUCAGAAGACACCAGUACGACCAAAGACGAACUGAAGGCCUCUGAGAAGCAAGUGUCGUGGCUUGCUGAUCUUCUUUAUGAUGAGCCUUUCUUGGAGGAGCUCCCGACUGGAGACUCUAUCAAGGUCUUCGCCCGCCCCUCAAGCGCGCCUGCGGUUCCCUUACUACAAGGACCGUUCACCAUCACACCCGAAGUAGAUGAUUUUGAACUUAGCGACAUGAUUGUCUUUGGGUUGAAGACGCUGUCUGAGGGUGACGAAGAAGUCGCAGCAGAAGGUCUACCAACCGCUGUUGUAUGCCUGCUCACCGAUACAGCCAAGGUGCAUGUUUGUCUGGACUUGGAAGGAAUAAUCGGACGAUGGCUACCAUCGCCUGAGGACGAAAUCGAUGUUACAGAAGCACCUGAGCACGACCUCAUAAUUGCAGAGACCAUUGCGUUGACAAAUAGUGAACAAUCGACAUUCAACCAGAGCAUCACACCCGACGUUCACACAGACUUCUCGUUCUUCGUAUCGCAUGCCAGUGGAGUGUUCUACGUCUCGCUAGAGCCCUGGAUCCGGAAGCUCGAGAAUGAACUAUCCCAGCCACAGGCUGAAGGCUCAGACUUCCGCCUCAAGCGUGUUCUUGAAUCAGCCAAUAGUUUGGUCGAGCAAUACCUUCAGCGACGGCUCUCAAAUGACCCAGCGGAAGAGGAAGUGACUUCGGCCGUUGUCAUUGAAGAUGGCAACGUUGGGUAUCUUCUCCUCACUACCAUCAACGGUGAACCGCAAGCUGCGUUGCUCGAUGCGCCUGAAGAUGGACUACCCACUGAGGAAGAGAUUGCCGAUUACAUGGCAGUCGCAGGCCCUACCAAAGAAGUGCGAGAAGCAUGGCAGCCACCGAAAGAACUCUACGAACCUUUUGACCUCCUUGGCUCCAUUAACAUCCCUGCACGACACAGGGGCUCACUCAAGGAGGAAAUUAGAUUAUCUCCUGCAAACUUGGAGCUCUUGAUGGACGUUCACCGUGUGCUCUCUGUACAAACUUCCAAACUUCAACACGCCGUCUCGGACCUGUUUACCCGCGCAACACGCUUGCAAGAAGAGUUCAGAGACCAGGUUUAUCGUAGCUCCCAGAUCGCUUCGAAUAUUGACAACGUCACCGGUAACGAUGAAGCCAGUGGAGACGAUGCGUCGGCCUACGGCAGCGCUAAAAUCGAUGAUAGAAUUGAAAAAGUGAAAGCAAGGCAAGAUGCAAUCAAUGCACGGUAUGAGACAUUACGAAGGAAGAUGGUUUCAAUUGGCUCUUCCGAGCUCAGCGAGAAAGAAGCAGCAUGGGUCAACGAAUUAUCCACCAUGGACAGCGCGGUCGACGUCUCCAACCGAACUCUCACGGACGAUGUCGAUGGCAGCGAACGCCCGCCAUGGCAGCGUCUGGACAAACUCAGGGAUUUGCAGAAGGACCUUAGGAAACAGGUCGAUGAGACUACGAAGGUGGCUGGGAAGGACGGAGAAAGGGAGCAAACGCGUAGUGUGGGUGUAAGAGUACCGGAGCAUUCGAGGAAGGUGGAGAAUGAGUUGAUCCAGGACAUGAUUCAGAGGAGCAGUGUGCUUGUUGAGGCUGCUACAACGAGGUUGAGGGGGUUGGGUGUGAACAUACCUCUGCCCGUGGAGGGCGGGAGCUGA